UUUCCUUCUCUCUCUCUCUCUUUCUCUCUCUUCGAACUUUUUCCAUCCCCUGAUUUUCUUCAAAUUAACUCCUCCUUUUUUCUCUCUCUAGAAAUUUUAAUUUUCAGCACCUGCAGGUGAGGUCUCGUGAUUAAUUCAUUGAAAUUAUGCUCGACGGCUUCCAAUUUCUGGGAAUCCUAUAGUCAUUGAGCUUCGCCUCAUGACUUCGGCUGUUUCGACAUCUAGAGGGAUACUUCCACCUACCGGAUUUGGUGUUUACGAUUCGAUGGGAGGGGUUUCCGCCCCUCUUGUCCAACCAGAACUUGACUGUGGUGAAAACAACGAAACCGAGUUGUACUCCGUGUCGUGGAAUCAAGAUUACGGCUGUUUCGCGGCUGGUACAAGUCGCGGUUUUCGCAUAUAUAAUUGCAACCCCUUUAAGGAAACAUUCAGGCGCGACUUGAAGAGUGGGGGGUUCAAGAUUGUCGAGAUGCUAUUCAGGUGCAACAUAUUAGGACUUGUUGGUAGUAAAUCCAAUACCCAAUACCCUCCGAAUAAAGUUAUUAUAUGGGAUGAUCAUCAGAGCAGGUGCAUCGGUGAGUUCUCGUUUAGAUCCGAGGUUCGUGCGGUUAAACUGAGAAGGGAUCGUGUUGUCGUUGUUCUCGAGCACAAGAUAUACGUUUAUAAUUUUAUGGACUUGAAGCUUCUUCAUCAAAUAGAAACGUUGGCUAAUCCGAGGGGACUUUGUUGUCUGUCGCACCACCUGAACGCGUCUGUAUUGGCCUGUCCCGGUCAGCGACGAGGACAGGUCCGCAUCGAACAUUUUGGACUGAAUAUGACGAAGUUAAUCAAUGCUCAUGAUUCUAAGAUCUCUUGUCUGACCUUGACGAUGGAUGGGCUUCUUCUUGCAACUGCAAGUAUGAGAGGCACUCUGAUCAGAAUUUUCAACACGAUGGAUGGCACUCGGUUACAGGAGGUACGCAGAGGGGUGGACAAAGCAGAUAUACGCAGUAUUGCUCUAUCACCAAAUGUUCAAUGGUUGGCUGUGUCGAGUGACAAAGGUACCAUCCACAUAUUUAGUCUUAGAGUGCGGGUGGGUGGUCAGGAUCCGUCAACUGAUCCAACUGUUCCUAAAAGACCAGCUUUAUUUACUCAGAACUCUUCGAACUCACUUGAUCCUCUAAUUUCGACAAGCACCAGUGCUAAUCCUGGCUCGUCAUUCUCUUUCAUGAAAGGGGUUUUACCUAAAUAUUUCAGCUCAGAAUGGUCGUUUGCCCAGUUUCACUUACCAGAGUGUACCCAGUUUAUCGCGUCGUUUGAUUCACAGAAUUCUGUAAUCAUUGCAGGCAUGGAUGGGAGUUUCUACAGGUGCAGCUUUGAUCCGAUGAAUGGAGGGAAGAUGGUGCAGCAGGAAUAUAUCCGUUUUCUAAAAACUGAAACAAAACUUCAAUAGGGGCUCUAUGACUUAUCUAUGGUGGUGGUAUUCCAUGAACUACUAAGCAUUUCAUUUAUUUCUACGAUUGAGACGAUUGACCCUUAAAAUGUAUAUAUAUCAUGUAUCUAUUCGUUGCAUAAUAUUUCUCCGCCUGUAAAUAAUAAAUGAUUUAUUUGCCAUAACCCCCCACAUAUGAUAGUUUCAGUUGACUGUGUUUAUAAGAACAUCAUACAUUAAUGGGUUUUAUGUUGGAGCUGUUUUAGGUAUUGUCAUUAUAUGAGAACAUUAUUUUUUUUUUUA